GCGCUCUUCCGAGUCAUGGCCGAGUCCAGUGACUCAGUGUCCGUCGACGUCGACGCCGACGCCAUACCUUUCGAAGGGAAGGAACAUGCGGUGAAGACGAGCAAAGGUUCGGUUUCUGUGCUUGUUUGUGGUGAUCAAGAGAAGCCUGCUCUGAUAACGUAUCCCGAUGUCGCUCUCAACUAUACAUCGUGUUUCCAAGGUCUCUUCUUGUGCCCGGAUGCUGCUUCUCUGCUGUUGCAUAACUUCUGCAUUUACCACAUCGAUGCUCCUGGGCAUGAGUUGGGUGCUGAAGUGAUUUCUUCGGACGUUCCAAUUCUCAGCGUCGAUGACCUUGCAGAUCAGGUUGUUGAAGUGCUCAAUUUCUUCCGGCUGAAGAAAGUUCUGUGCUUAGGUGUAACCGCUGGUGCUUACAUCCUGACCCUUUUUGCGGUUAAGUAUAAGGAGAGGGUUCUUGGUCUGAUUCUUGCUUCCCCAAUUUGCAAGGCACCUUCAUGGACUGAAUGGCUGUAUAACAAGGUGUUGCUGAACCUCUUGUACUUCUAUGGCAUGUGUGGUCUAUCGAAGGAGUUGCUUCUCCAGCGGUACUUCAGUAAGGAAAUUCGCUGCAGCAUGCACGGUUCAGAAUCUAAUGUGGUUCAAACAUGCCGAAAGUUGCUGGAUGAAAGACAGAGUCUGAAUGUCAUGCGCUUUCUUGAGGCCAUGAAUAGGAGGCAUGAUCUGACAGACAGCUUGAAAAAUUUGCACUGCAAGACACUCAUUUUUGUGGGUGAGAGCAGUCCAUUCCAUGCUGAAUCAACGUACAUGGGUGCUAAAAUGGACAGGAAAGUCUGUGCUCUUGUUGAGGUUCAGGCAUGUGGUUCCUUGGUGACAGAAGAGCAUCCUUAUGCAAUGUUAAUCCCGAUCGAGUUCUUUCUUAUGGGAUUCGGCUACUAUAGACCACCAUAUUUUACAUGUUCUCCGAAGAAUGAAUCAAGUCCCACUAGCCCCUCAAGCCGUUCUUGCAUAGCCCCGGAACUUUUGUCACCUGAGAGUCUGGGGAUAAAGCUCAAGCCGAUCAAGACGCGUGUAGCUAUCGAGGUCUGAUGGAGAGGAAAAAAGAAAAAGGAAGAUGUUUCCAUCAAAACAUUGCUCGGAGUGGCUCACACGUGCCAGUAAGGGCAGUUCACAGGAAGAUUGUAGCUUAGCCUUCUAACUAUUUGUUGCAGCAUGUCUCGGUGCUUAGGUUCCUCGGGGGAUGAAUAUUCUUUCAUUUUGUCCAUACUCAGCGAAAAUUUGUUACAACCAUUCUUCGACAUCUCAUGUAAAUACAGAAUUAGUUGUAUUUGUAGCACAACAACAUUCAUUUAGGUGUUGAAUAUGUGUACCGACAGUGACAGACAAACAUCUUGUACACUUCUACGUUUAAGGAUCAUUUUUUAUGCGGUACGUUCGAAGGGUUCUUUCUUCAUAUGAUACAUAAACGGUCAAGCA